AUUAAUUUCAGCAAUGAACUUGAUCCAAAUACUUGCUUUAGUGUACCUGGCAAAAUACAGUGAUGGCAGAAAGAGACAUCUGGUUUACUACAAAGCUAACUAUAAAUGAUCGCAUUUUAGUCGACUAUUUUCAAACAAAUACGAGUGAAGCCCGCGAAAAAUUCCUUUGGUUUCGUACAAACAAUCUUAGGGAAACUCUGAAUUAUUAUGGAAUACAUGUAGAAAAGCCUGUGCCCUAUAAUAAGUGUUAUUAUCAUGCGUCUCGAGCAAACAUUUUUACAAGUGGCUAUCAUAACGUGAGUGCCACAGUAACUACUGAAGGAAACUUUUUAGAAGAUAUUAAAGCAUCAAGCUAUACGUAUAUUAACUUAAAAAAUAAUUUAUCCUGCGAGCCUGUUUUUGAUUUUCCCAGAUGUCAUGAUGCCAACCACCCACUACAAUAUCAAACAUCCGAAGUAAUUAUAUUACGAGCUUUUUUUUUCAGACGUUGUCCAAUGGAUAGUUUUUUACAAUACUUUUGGACUCUACAUGAUAGUACAGAUCAACAUCUUUUAGAGUUUUUGGGAGGAACUCUAAGACCAGAGCUAAAACUGGGCCGUUACAGACUAAAACUUCAACAUCAGUCUCCAUUAAAUCGGAUGGUUAUGGUCCGCUUAAAUGCUAAAGUGCUUGAACGUCGAGUACCAAUCGUAGCAAGAUGCUAUCUUGUUCUUACUUCACAACGACUUUAUGCUGCUAUUACGGGAGGCCGGGUUCGCACUGUUGUCAGAGGCAAGUCGCUCUCGGUUAAUGCCAAUCCAAGCAGGGAUCUAUCAUUUCCAGCUACAGCUUCUCAACAAUUAUUAUACAAAUGGAGCUGUCAGGCAAUACUGACAGCUAAGGAAACAUUCUGCAAGGAUAACAUGGGAACAAACGUAUUAUAUUUCCCAGUUUUUCAGAACACCAAACUCUUACCGUUAUUUUAAAUGUUCGGUCUAUUUUCGAUCCCUUACGAUCGUCAGUUGCAAAGCAACAAAUUACGUUUUCGUCAUAUCAGCGGU